AUGUCCGUCUACGCUAACUCGGCCCAACUGCAACAGGGUCAAGCACAGCAGCAGCAGCAGCAACAACAGCAGCAACAGCAACAGCAACAACAGAGGCACCAACAACGUUUGAAUGAAUUGUUGGAUGCCGUUAAGCAGGAAUUUGACUUCGCCUUGAACGAGGCCUCCAAUUUCUCCAAGGUCAAGGACGACUAUGACUUGAAGUGCAAUCAGCAGACUGCGGAAAUGCAGCAGAUCAGACAGACCGUGUAUGAGUUGGAGAUGGCACACCGUAAGAUUAAGGAGGCGUACGAGGAGGAGAUUUUGCGUUUGAAGACCGAGUUGGAGAACAGAGACAGACAGGCCCAACAGAAACAGACUAAUGGCGGCAAUUACCCUUACUCGUACCAGCAGCAGCAACAACAGCACCAGCAGCAACAGGAAUUCUCGUCGGCAUUGACUGUGAUUGACAAGAGCCAGUACAUUGUCAACCCUCUGGAGAAGAACUUGCACGUCAAGGAGAUUCCUCCAUUCCUCGCCGACUUGGACGUGACAAAGGCCAAUCCAGAUUUCAAGAAGCAGAACCCAGACUACUAUGUGCUCUACAACCCGGCAUUCAAGCGGGACUUGGACGUGGAGAUGAUGCAGUCUUUGGACCAUUCUUCGGUUGUUUGCUGUGUUCAGUUCUCCAAGAACGGUGAGUUCAUUGCUACAGGCUGUAACAAGACCACUCAGGUGUUUGACGUGAAGACUGGUGCGUUGAUUGCCAAGUUGGUUGACGAUAACAGCACCAACACUUUGGAAGGUCAAGGUGAGGGUGAGAACGCCGAGAACGGCUCGUCCGUGGGAAACGGCUCUGCCAACACAAACGCCAAUGGUGACUUGUACAUCAGAUCCGUGUGUUUCUCGCCAGAUGGAAAGUUAUUGGCCACAGGUGCUGAGGACAAGUUGAUCCGUAUCUGGGACUUGUCCACUAAGAGAAUCAUCAAGAUUUUGAGAGGCCACGAACAGGACAUUUACUCGUUGGACUUCUUCCCUGACGGUGACAGAUUGGUUUCCGGAUCUGGUGACCGCACCGUCAGAACCUGGGACUUGCGUUCUUCUCAGUGCUCCUUGACAUUAUCCAUUGAAGAUGGUGUCACUACCGUGGCAGUGUCUCCAAAUGGAAAAUUGAUUGCAGCUGGCUCUUUGGACAAGACUGUCAGAGUUUGGGACUCUUACACCGGUUUCCUCGUAGAGAGAUUAGACUCUGGUAACGAGUCCGGAAACGGGCAUCAGGACUCAGUUUACUCGGUUGCUUUCUCGGCCAAUGGUAAUCAGAUUGCUUCCGGAUCUUUGGACAGAACUGUUAAGUUAUGGAACUUGGAAGGUAAGUCUGAUUUCCUGGCCAAUGCCAGCGGCAACGGUCAGUCCAUUGCCAAAAAGUCGAGUUGUGAAGUUACCUACGUGGGCCACAAAGACUUUGUGUUGAGUGCCUGUUCCACUCCAGACAGUGAAUACAUUUUAUCUGGAUCUAAAGACCGUGGAGUGAUUUUCUGGGAUCAGCUUUCCGGAAACCCAUUGUUGAUGUUGCAGGGCCACCGCAACUCGGUGAUUUCCGUGGCGGUCUCUCUCAACUCGCUGGGCUCAGAGGGUAUUUUCGCAACUGGAAGUGGUGACUGUAAGGCUCGUUUGUGGAGAUGGAAGAGACAGUAA